UUGUAAACGCAAUGCUGCGAGUGUGUAUUGUUGCUUUAGUUAUAUUUUUUCAAGUUUCUUUAUUACAGAUAUACAAAGUUGCAGCUGGAAUAUCACCUAUACAUGACUUCAAAAAUAAAUUAAAUAGCAAAAUUGUUAGUGAACGCUAUUUAUUAAAAACACCUCAAACUGGCAUCAAACACUUCGAUAAUUCCAUACUUAAGGCGACAAAAAAUGUGACACAAAAUCCGCAAAUGGAAGAGAAUCUUUAUCAGAUAUCAAAAAAUUUGGUGUCUGCCAUCCUGACGAAAUUAGAGAUUCAAGAUAAAAUUACUCGAAUUACCAGAGAAGCCCUUGACGCCCCUGGUAAGAAUAAAGGCAUAACAGCUAUUGAAACAAGACGGAUUUUGGAUUACAUAUCUCGGACUAUAUCCAGCCAUAUCUUGAGUAUAACAAGAGCAUCGACAGAACCCGAACUACAUCGAUUAGUGUAUGGAUUGGCUCAAAUUGCAGCUGAAGUUUCUAUUGUAUCUGCUUUAAAAGAUAUCACUUAUGCAAAAGCCUUGUCGAAGAAGCAAUCCGUUGAUUUAUCACUUAGGAAAAAGAGGGCUAUCCCACUCGAAGACAAAACAACUCCAAUUCCUCAAUCUUCAUCUACUUUGUUUAGUAUACUUCUAAACAAACCCUUACCCUCACCAGAAUUAGUAAAUUCAACAUCGCCAGUUAAAGAAAAUAAAUUAUAUAUGUCCAAUGCACCGUACUCGGUUAUAUCUAGCCAUGAUAAAUUGCCAUUCCGCGUUUUAUCCUUGACUGAUGGCGACCCCUUGCCAGUAAAAGGAUUUUUAAAUAAAACUGUAUUGGACAGCGAAAACAGCGAGCGAAUUAAUAACGAGUCAGAAGCUAUUGUUAUCGAAAAAGCUAUCAAUGGAACACACUAUGUAUCUGCUGAUAGUCAAAUUAUUAGUAAACAAGAACCUACUGCUGGUGAGCUGAUAGAUGACUGGGUGGAUCCAAAGGAUCAUAUUUAUGCUCUUAAUCCUGACAUAGUAGCUGAAAUGGAAUUAGAUCAGCCAGAAAUAGACGAUGAAAGUGUCAAUGAAAAGAGAGAGAAACAGAAAUUAGAAAGGCUGGAACUUAAAGCGAAAAAAGCAAUACUUUACGCUGGUGAUGUGGCAUAUUUAACCGCGGCUAGUGUGGUAGCUAUGCGCCGUGCGUUAACUGCAUCUAUUGAAGUAAACAUGUCCGUUAAAUUUGCUAAAAACGGUAUGUCCAAUCAUCAGGACUUGAUGAUGAAUUUAGCUAAAACAGCAGCUCAGCAAGCUGGGAAAGAAGCGAAAAGCGCAACAUCGAAAUCGCUCGCUUGUGAACGCGUUAUAAAACUAGCUGUUAAAUUUACUGCACAGUCACAAGGUGCAAAACUGAACCACGUAGCGAAUAGAAUCAUAAUGGACACGUUGUCAUUAGCAACACUUGCUAAAUCAAUGGCCUUCGUAUCUUCAGAUAUUGCCAUUAAUUCACUUUAUCAAGCAACUGAUAUAAAACCUCCAUCGUAAUUAAAUGUAUCAUUUCAGUUUGGAUUUUGAUUAAUGU